UACAAAUGGCCAAUCUUAACCUAUACUUAUCUACACUUAGCUUUUUUUUACUAGCCAUCUCUCUUAGAUGUGCUAGCGGAACCCGCAUCCUCGUUGAUACAACUUCAUUUCCAGCUAGUGAAAACGGCCCGUUUGGUCCAGUAAACGAGGUUGAUUCCCCUAAUGUGGCACCUCAAAAGGACCCCACCCCUAACCUACCAGCCGACGACAUCCCCACUACCAACACGCCCGCACCAAUUGUUAAUCCUAGUCCUGGCUCGUUACCAAGUGUAACGAGUUCUGUUGCGGCUGCUGGUGUUAAAGCAGCCGCAACAGGGACUGCCAAUGUGGCACCGGUGGCAACUUCCACCGGUGCUGAACAUCCAACUUUAAGUUUCUUUAUGCAUGAUGUUCUAGGAGGGUCUCAUGCUACUAGUAGAGUGGUCGCGGGGAUUGUUGCGACCUCCGAUGCAAACGUAGUGCCGUUUUCGAGCCCAAACAGUCAAGUUUUCCCGAUCACCGGUGGAAUCCCGCUUAGCAACAUCAACGGUAUAGUCAACAAUAACAACCUCCCAUUCCUAGCCGGGUUUAACGCGAAUAACCCGAACAACCCUGAGUCCAGCACUGUCCUCCAAAACACGGGCAACAACAAUGUCGUCAACGGAGGACACAACUUACCAUUUGUCACCGCGGGUCAGCUUCCAGCCGGCAUAACCUUGGAACAACUCAUGUUCGGGUCAAUCACCGUCAUCGACAACGAGUUGACCGAAGGAAACGAGCUAGGGACAGGGGUGAUAGGCAGAGGACAAGGUUUUUACCUCUCAAGUUCAUUAGAUGGCAGCAGCCACACAUUUGCACUAACAACUUUGUUCCAUGGUGGCGAUCACGAGGUGGACGACACGAUUAGCUUCUUCGGGGUCCACCGAACAGCUUCGGAAGUGUCUCAUAUUGCGGUUAUAGGUGGGACUGGAAAGUAUGAAGAGGCCAAAGGGUAUGCCACUAUUGAGAGUUUACCUCAGGUGGAUGAACACACUACUGAUGGUGUUGAGACCAUUGUUCAUGUUAAUGUGUACCUUACUACAUCAUAAAUGUUCUCAUUAUGUAUUUAUUUUGUUUCAAAAGUUAAUAUUAAAUGUGAAGAACCAUCAUUACAAGGGUAAACGUUCA